CUGGCACACACAAUUCCACAGGUUGAUGAAAAGGUUGGUAAUUCCAACCCUAUGUAAUGCAUUAUUCCCCUUUCUGCAAAGAUUAGGACUAUGAACGAGGGAACGAAGGGGCGAGGAAAUAUACUUACAGAAGUUACAGGGGCACAGGUAGCAAAUGAUAUCUCGAUCCAACAAAGGAGACGGAAAUCCUUCAUGUGAGCUAACUCGGAAGGUCCGUUGUUCAGAAGCAAGACCCUCAAACGAAGAAAAGGGAUGCAUGGAGAAAGAAGAGGGAAGAGGAGGAAGGAGGAGGAGGAGGAGAAGAAGAAGAAGAGGGAGAGGAAGAGGAAGAGGAAGAGGAACAGGAGAAGGAGGAAGAGGAGACGGAGGAGGAGGAGGGGAAGAGGGAGAGGGAGAGGAAGGAGGAGGAGGAAGGAGGAGGAGGAGAAGGAGGAAGAAGAAGAAAACGAAGGAGGGGGAGAGGGAGAGGAAGAAGGAGAAGGAGAAGGAGAGGAAGAAGGAGAAGAAGAAGAAGAAGAAGAAGAAGAAGAAGAAGAAGAAGAAGAAGAAGAAGAAGAAGAAGAAGAAGAAGACAAUGAGGACGAGGACGACAAGGACAGUGAUGGCAAAUAUGAAGACCUACAGCAAGCAAGAUGAGAACGAAGGCGGAGACGGCGGAGGAGGUGGUGGGGGAGGAGGACAAGGACGGGCGAGGAGACACCUGGACAGUCAACAACGACAUCAUCACCAGGGCUGGAAGCCAGUAAGUCUUGAGACAUCAGUUGUUGACGUGAAGACUGCAUUGUUAACUGCUGAAGGGACGUCUGCUGUGAAUGUUGCUGUUGUUGUUGUUGCUGCUGCUGCUGCUGCUGAGGUUGAGGAUGGACUUGCUUCUGAAGCUGCUGCUGGAUCUGUUGUUGAUGCUGCUGAAACUGAUGCUGUUGCUCCUGCUGGUACUGUAGGACCAACAAACUGGGGACAUCCACCUCCUGACGAGAAGCAUUCAUCAGAGCCAAAGAUAAGUUCAUGGCCGCCCUCAGCUGCUCUUCCGUGGCUGGGCCACUGGCACCCAGUCCUGGAAUUGUUGUAUCCUGUUUCUCAGUCUUUACCACAACCCCUGACGGAGGAUUCUGUGAUGUCGCAUGAAGAGGCACCGCUUGAUGCUUGUGCAUGCCUGGUACCAUACCAUGCGAAAGUUGCUGAUGGCCCUGAGCUGAUGUUGAGUGCGAGACCAUUUCUUGUGAUAACUGGUGUGCUUUCAAUACCCCAGUCUUCGGCUGUUGUUCAAAGUUGUGUGCUUGCCGUUGUUGCUGUUGCUGCUGCUGCUGAAUCCCUUGCUGCUUCAACAAUGAACUUGAUGCCAGAGAUGCUACUGUAUCUUGUUGCUGCUGAACUGGUCCAUCUCCUGGUAAGAUUGCAGAUCUUGACGGAAGGGAAUCAGAGAGGACUAGCGAUAUACACUGGGGAUUCCAAGCACUUGCAUGCUGACCCUCCAUCUGCAUUUGCAGCAGCUGUGGUUGUUGCUGUUGUAGAAGGAACUGCUGGUGAAGCUUUGCCUGCUGUUGCUGCAGAAGAUGCUGCUGCUGCUGCUGCUGCUGUAGCUGAAGUUGUUGCAAACGUUGUUGCUGAGGAUGCUGCUGUUGCUGCUGCUGCUGCUGUUGCUGCUGCUGCUGUUGCUGCUGUUGCUGCAGCAGAUGUUUCUGGUGCUCAUUUUUCUGCUGCUGCUGCAACUGCUCUUGCUGUUGCUGCUGUUGCUGUUUCUGCUGUGGUGAUGGGUGCUGCUUUUGCUUUUGCUGUUCCUGCUCUGGUUCCUGCUGCUGCUGUUGUUUCUGCUGUUGUUUCUGCUGUUGUUGCUGCUGUUGUUGCUGCUGUUGUUGCUGCUGGUGCUGUUGCUGUUGCUGUUGCUGUUGCUGGUGCUGGUGCUGUUGCUGGUGCUGUUGCUGUUGCUGUUGCUGUUGCUGUUGCUGUUGCUGUUGCUGUUGCUGCUGUAAAUUUUGCUGUUGCUGCUGUAAAUUUUGCUGUUGCUGCUGUAAAUUUUGUUGUUGCUGUUUCUGCUGCUGUUGCUGUCUUUGCAUCUGCUGCUGUUGCUGUCUUUGCAUCUGCUGCCGUUGCAGCAGCUGCUGUUGUUGCUGCGACAAUUGUUUUUCCUGCUGCUGUAGCUGCUGUUGUCGCUUCUGCAGUUGCUGCAAUUUCUGCUGCCUCUGCUUCUGCAAUUGUUGGCAAUGCUGCUGCUGCUGCUGCACUUGCUGGAGUUGUUGCUGCGGUUGCUGCUGUGCCUGCCGUGUCUGCUGUGGAUGUUGAGGUUGUUGUGGCUGCUGCGGCUGCUGUGGCUGUUGUGGCUGCUGCUGAUGCAGUAGCUCCUGCUGCUUGUGUUGCUGCUGUUCCUGCUGUUGCUGUGGUCGCUGUUGUUGUUGUUGCUGCUGCUGCUGCUGUUGUUGUUGCUGCUGCACCUGAUGAUGUUGUUGCUGCUGUUGCAGUUGCUGCUGCGGCUGCUGCUGCAGGAACUGCUGUUGUUGGGGCUGCUGCUGCUUUCGAUGUAGGAGCUGCUGUUGUAUUUGUUGUUGCAAUCGUUGCAGUUGUCGCUGCUGCUGUUGUUGUAAAUGGGCCUGUUGUUGCUGCUGUUGCUGAAUCUGCUGAUCGAGAUUCUGCACCUGUGGACUUCGUGUAUGCUGUUGCUGCUGCUGCUGUGUCAUGCAGACUUGCUUCAUCUGAUGUUCAAGUGACUUCUGCCCCUCGUUUUGAUGUUCCUCCUGCUGCUGCUGCCGCGGCUGUUGCUGAGACUGCAAAUGUGGCUGAGAAUGUUUUUGGAGCUGGCGAUGCGCCCACAGUUGGGGUUGCUCGGCUUGUUCCUGCUCUGGCUGUAGACACUGUGCUAGCGGACCCUGUAAUUGUUGCAGCUGCAUAAUUCCAGUCUCCCUAUUUUUCUGUGGUAGCUGCUGCAGUUGCAAUUCAUCUCUAUCUUGCGGCUGCCGAUUCG